AUGGGGACACUGGGUCAGCCGUCGCAAUUACUUGUUCCGGCCACUGGGAUCGAAUAUGAAUUUGUUGGAAACAAUCAACGGACCAAAUUUUUAGCAACACCGUUAGGAGAGCAAUUGGAAUAUUUCGUUCGCUUUGACGAUAAUUUUCUUCAAGUUUACAACGUUUUAUAUGAGACUGCUGUACACAGCUUUGAUUUCCCCAGCGAUUCGAAAAUAAUUGAUGUCGAUUAUUUCCCAACAAAAGAUGGAUCAUUCGGCGUAAUUGUUGCCGUGAACGAUGAGAAAUGCACAUGGGAGGCUGAAAAUUUUGUGGUUGCUCUUCACGUCGACGAAAAUUCUUCAAAGAAAUUAAAAAUUAGUCACUCAUUAGAAAUUCCGGAGCAUGUAACGAUCUUAAAAACUCUAUUUACGAAUGAGGACAUGGACAAAAGAAGGCAGGAAUUCAAGUUGUUUUCCAGAAUUGCAAGAUGGCCUCAUAUCAUUGCGAUUGGAGCCAAAAACUCAAAAUGCUUUAUCGGGAGGCUUCUUGAGCAUUCACCAGAAGAUGAGGCAUACACUGUUAAGCACGAUUCUUCAAAACUUGUUAAUUUCUUAGGAAGUCUCGUGCUGAGAAGUGGUGAAACGUUUCGAUACGCUGUGAAUGAUGUUCAUAAAGAUUAUCCUGUGAGCGCUAUAAGUGUUACAUCUCUUGCUCUGAUGCCUCGCAGUCGAACUCUUCUUGUCGGAUUGUCAAUGGGAGGGAUUGUGUGUGCUUCAUUAAAUCCUUCGAACAGCCUACAAAUUCUCGACUUACGUCAUGAACGCUGUAUUCGUCAUAUUGUUCCACUCGAACCCGAAGACGAUCCGGAGAAAUAUGAAUUCUUUUUUGCUGCUGCUGAUGGAUCACCUCGCCAUCCUCUAAUUAUCCACUUAUACCGCGGAAACUUCAAAAGCGAAGAAGAAGUCUCGGAAGAAUCCCGAUAUGAUCGCCCAUUUUUCUAUAUUGUAUUCGAGCAUGCUUUCAAAUUCAGCAAGAAAUGGAUUGCAAUCAAAGGACUUACGCAGCAACGAGCGAUUGGAAACGGAUUAGGCUACCAACGAACGCGUUCGAAUGAGGACAGCUUUGCAGAAAUCAAUUCUUCCUCUUUACUAAACUCUUCUAUAUCUUUCGGUUCUUCAUUGAAACGAUCGAUGGUAUUUUUUGUUUAUGAGAAAAUCGAUAUAACUCAAAAAGGAUCUACUUUAGCUGGUGCAAUUUUCGACAUAGAUCAAUAUUACUACAAACGAACUCCACAAUGCUUCUUGCCGGACAAAACCAUACUUCGACAAUGCCCAUUCCUCUCAAGUAUUCAAUCUGAUAUCUCUUCUGCCGAUGUUCAUGAAGCUUGUAUUUUACUAAAUCAGCCAACUGAUAUUUCUAAAUUUGUUUCGAAUGUUUCCGACGGAGAUCAGCUAUUCUACGCAUCUGCUCUAAAUUUUGAUCGGGUGAUUAUUGGAACGUCGUCCUCGAUAAUGCGAAUGAGAAUUUCGAGUAUUCAAGACAACAGUGUUCUGAAUAGCCAAGCUGCCGAUUUGAGUGCUCAUGAGAAAAUAGUGCUAAGUGGAAUGCUUUAUAAUGGAAAAGUGGACGAUGUAAUCCGAACAUUAACGGGGUUAAUGUUCGAAUCUUCUCGUCGAAUGGAUAUCAUUAUGUGGGCAUUUUAUGAAUGUUGCGAUUUCCGAAAUACGAUAAUUGAUAGAAUUGCUGAUGUCUUCGAAGGUACAUCCAUGAAUUUGUCGCCAAUUGCGAAUGGAGUGAUUUAUCAAGGAAUCCAGCUUUUUCAUGACGUCCACAAACUAUUACUUGCUUGCAUCGAUGUGAUGAAAGACAGCACGAAAGUAAAGAAAUGUGCGACUUCAAUCAAAUGUUUCCAUGAUCAUACUCGUCUCGUUCGCCAAUUCAUAAUUGCUGGAAUUGUACCAAAGAACACGAGAAUUACACGAAAAAUGAAAGAUGCACAUACAAUUAGAGUUCGUACUGCUGGACAGAAUGGAAAAGGACUUCCUAUUCAAAUUCUCGUUCGCCGUUUACAUUCGUUCACUUCUUCGUUGCCGUUCUGGGAUUCGAUUCCGCAUGAUCAAUGGUAUCCCCCUUCAGCUUUUCAUUUAUUGGAGCCAAUUUUGGAAAGAAAUGUUCCAGAAGGAAUGAAAAGGGAAUUGAUAAUUCAAUUCAUCGUUGACUGGAUUCGGGCGAAACGAUAUGGCGAACCACUUACAGUUGAGGAAAUCAUCAAGCAGGCGUUGUUUACCAUUGGUGAUCAAUUCUUAGGAACAACGCAUGAACGAAUCGCGUUUGUUUUGGAAAAUGAAAAGUUUGCCCUUCAAGAUUUCAAUAAAAAGAAUGUCUUUAAUGCCGAUGAUUCAACAAUUUGCCCUAAUGACGAAACUCGGAAGAAUGAUACAUCGAUAAUGGAUCCGUGGACAAAACAGAUUGAAGAUCAAUUUGAGCAACGAUAUCGAUGUUCGAAGACCAAAACCAAAGUGCUGACUGACGAUGAAAAUGACAGUAGAUAUCAAACAUUCCUUAUGAGUCGUCAAAAAUACUCAGAUCUUUCCAAGAAUUUUGUCAAUUCGAACGGAAUGCUCAGAAAACUUCUGCCAAACGUUAUAAAAAGUAAGGCAAAUAGCGACAAAACAGGAUCGGAUUCGAAAAAGGAAGACGAUAUCAGAAGCGUUGUAAAGGCGAUGAUUUCAAGAGGAAAACAUGGUGAUGUAACAUUGAAUACUGGUUCGAAACCGACUGGCGUCCCAGCAUUGGCUUCGAUUCCACAGCCCACUAAAUUAUUAACGAAUAAAGCACAGAACUCGACUACUGGAAGGAAGAGGUUGUUAGUUGAUACAAAAAAUGAUGAUAAAGUCACAUCUCCAUCAGGCACUGAGCCACCGCUUGCCAAACGACGAUCACAGCAAUUCGAAAAUGAUAAGAAUUCUGGUGAUGUUGCUCCAGCUCAAGUACCUUGUGAUGAGGAUGACGAGAUGUUGAAUGCAGUAACACGAACUCCAGCAAGAUAUUUGCGACGAUUCACUCAGCGUGUUGACGAAUUGUCGCCGACUGAGCGCAUGGUUCCUCCAACCAUAAGUAUCGCACCAUCGAGCAUUCUGAAGACAGCCAAAUCUCAGCAAUCGCCAAGUCGUGGAAGAAUUCGUUUUGCUAAAGGUCUUAAGAGUUCGCCGGAUCAAGAUCUCUUUGCCAAUGACGAGAAAAGUGUUGUGAAAUCGCUUAAUUUCGAUAUUCUGGAAGAGGAUGAUGCUGGAUCGACAUUUGUGUCGUGCGAUACUGCAAAUGACAAAGAAACAGACCAAGAUGAAUGCAUUGAAACAGAAAAGUCGUUUGAAGAGCAGAUCGAAGAAUUUGAAGUUUAUACUGAUGCGACACCACCACAAAAUGCAUCGAAUGCUCCAAUUGAAGCUUCUGUUGAAGCACAAGAAGACGAAGUGAAUUCGGAUGAAAACGCUGAUAUUGCAAAGAAGCAAACUGAAGGAGAGCAGCAUAAACAGACUGAAAAAACAAAUGAAAUUGCUGAAGAUAACGAAAUGGAAGUUGGGGAUGCCGGUGAAGAAGUUUCAAAGAAAGUGGAAGAACCCGAAGAGAGAAUUUUCGAAAAAACGUUCGAAGUUGCUGAUGAAUUGCCAUCAAAAGAAAUUGAGAAAUCAGUAGAGAUCGCUGAGGAUAUUGUGGAGCGGGAAGAAUUAGAAGAAGUGGUCGAAAGAGAAGAGGAGAGCGAAAAAAAGGAAAUAGUUGAUAUUGAAUCGGAGGUUUUUUCUGAGCCAAUUGUGGACGCGCCAGAAAUUGCUGGGAAAAUUGACGAGCCGAAUGCAGAACAAGCAGAACCUAGCGGUGAUGUUGAAAUGAUGGAAACCGAUGAUCACGAUCAGAAUGAGCAUAAUGGAACAUUUACUGUUCAUGUCGAUAAAGAUGGAUUUGAACGAAGUUUUGAGAAACAAAUGGAUUCGGAUUUGGUUGAAAAAGAGGCGGCGAAAUUUGCGGCGCCAUCAAACGAGGCAUCUCGUCCGAAUUCAUCAGCUUCUGGAUUUAUUCAGACAGAUCUCACAAAUACGACAACUCGCGUGACUCGCUUGCAAUCUCGUACUUCUUCGUUUAGCGAAGAAAGAAUUAUAUCUCCUGAACUUAAACUGGCCCUAGAAGAAAACGCUUCUGUGAAGCCUGAUGCUGUUGUUUCUCAGAAAACCCCAAGCAAAAAACCAGCAAAAGAAAGAAAAACACCGGUUCGAAGUUCAUCAAGGGCGCGAUCCACAGAUAAGGAAUCGGAAAUGACCAUACAAACUCCUAGAAGAUCUUCACGAUCACGAACUGCGUCAGCAUGCCAAACCGUAACAGCGGUUGAGAAGAAAGCGAUUCCAGAAGAAACCGAACCUGUUGAAGCACCCACACCAAGAAAAUCUGCACGAUCGAGAAAUACUUCAAUCGGAAGAGCGGCAGACCAAAUUGUGAGCAAUGAAACAAAAGAGGAAUCCGAAACCGUCAUUGCUAAGAAAACGCCAAGAAAAAGUGCUCGAUCAAGGCAAUCAUCUGUUCCAGUUGAUCUUGCUGUUAAUAAUCAGCCAACGGAAGCAGUUCCUACUCCAAAAAGUGGAAGACGUGCGAGAUCAGUGUCGACAUCAAGGAAUGAUCCAAUCACAAUAGAGCCUUCAGAAGUUAUGGAAAUGAUUUCAGAAGAACCAACGACACCGAAGAGGGGUCGCGUUUCGAAAAGUCCAGCAAGAGCUAGAUCAGUUUCUACAUCGCGAAAGGCUGCUGCUUCUACUAAUUCAGAUAACGUAAUUGAAGUUAUUCCGUCUGAAGAACCAGAACCUGUUACACCAUCUAGACGCGGAAGACCGAGAAAAGCUGCCAACUCUGAAUCUCAUGACGUCAUUGUGGAACCUGUUAGAUCAUCAAAGAGAAUAACCCGAGCUUCUUCUGAAAAACCGACUUCAAAUUGGAGAAGCAAAUUUGAGAAUGCUUUGGUGCAGGCUAACCAAAAGAUUCCAAAAAGAUCCAAUAAAAAAUCUGAUGAUGAAGUCGCUCCACAAUCUCGAACAAGGACUCCAAGCGUUUCUUUGCGAGGUUCGGUAUCGCGAAUUCGAUCGCCAUCCCGAAAAUCAGCGAAAAUCGACGAACUUGAAGAGUGUGAUGCGACAGAAGAAACAACAACACCGCGUCGAUCGGCACGUCGCCUUGGUACACCUCGUCUUUGA